CUGAGCUGCUGCCCCCGGCGGUCACCGCGGCGCUGCCGCCGCCUCCCGCCCGGCUCCGGGGCCCCGCCAUGGAGUAAGGCCCCCUCCCGCGGCCGGACGGGGGCCCCCGCCGCGCCUCGAUGGCUCUGGUAACGGUGCAGCGCUCGCCUACCCCCAGCGCCACCUCCAGCCCCUGCGCCUCGGAGGCGGACAGCGGGGAGGAAGAGUGCCGGUCCCAGCCCAGAAGCAUCAGCGAAAGCUUCCUCACUGUGAAAGGUGCGGCUCUCUUCCUGCCCCGAGGAAAUGGGUCCUCUACCCCCAGAAUCAACAACAGGCGCAACAAGCAUGCAGGGGAUCUCCAGCAGCACCUGCAGGCCAUGUUCAUCCUGCUCCGCCCAGAAGACAACAUUCGACUGGCAGUAAGACUGGAAAGUACGUACCAGAACCGCACUAGAUACAUGGUGGUCGUUUCAACCAAUGGCAGACAAGACACUGAGGAAAGCAUUGUCCUAGGAAUGGAUUUCUCUUCCAAUGACAGUAGCACUUGCACAAUGGGCUUGGUGCUGCCCCUGUGGAGCGAUACCCUUAUUCACUUGGAUGGGGACGGAGGGUUCAGCGUAUCAACGGACAACAGGGUCCAUGUGUUCAAGCCAGUGUCCGUUCAAGCAAUGUGGUCUGCCCUGCAGAGUUUACACAAGGCCUGCGAGGUGGCCCGAAGUCACAACUACUACCCAGGGAGCCUCUUCCUCACGUGGGUCAGUUACUAUGAGAGCCACAUCAACUCCGACCAGUCUUCAGUCAACGAAUGGAACGCCAUGCAGGACGUGCAGUCGCACCGCCCCGACUCCCCCGCCCUCUUCACGGACGUCCCCACGGAGCGUGAGCGCACAGAGCGGUUAAUUAAAACCAAGUUAAGGGAGAUCAUGAUGCAGAAAGACUUGGAGAACAUCACGUCCAAAGAGAUCCGCACGGAGCUGGAGAUGCAGAUGGUGUGCAACCUGCGGGAGUUCAAGGAGUUCAUUGACAAUGAAAUGAUCGUGAUUCUUGGGCAGAUGGACAGUCCCACGCAGAUAUUUGACCAUGUCUUUCUGGGUUCUGAGUGGAAUGCCUCCAAUUUGGAAGAUUUACAGAACAGAGGGGUGCGGUACAUUCUGAAUGUGACUCGAGAAAUAGAUAACUUCUUCCCAGGCGUCUUUGAGUACCAUAACAUCCGGGUGUACGACGAGGAGGCUACAGAUCUGCUGGCGUAUUGGAAUGACACUUACAAAUUCAUCUCCAAAGCCAAGAAGAACGGGUCGAAAUGCCUGGUGCACUGCAAGAUGGGAGUCAGCCGGUCGGCCUCCACGGUGAUCGCGUAUGCCAUGAAGGAGUACGGCUGGAACCUGGACCGAGCCUAUGACCACGUGAAGGAACGGCGCACGGUCACCAAGCCCAACCCAAGCUUCAUGAGGCAGCUGGAGGAGUACCAAGGGAUUCUGCUGGCGAGCAAACAGCGGCAUAACAAGCUGUGGCGGUCGCACUCGGACAGCGACCUCUCGGAGCACCACCAGCCCAUCUGCAAACCCGGGAUGGAGCUGAACAAAAAGGAGAUCACCACUUCUGCAGAGCAGCUCUCCGAGCCCAUGGCAAACGACAACCACCAGCCUGCGUCUCCCGUCUUCUCAAUGGGGCCGCACGUGGACCGUCUGCUCCAGCAGGACACGGACGUGAUCGAGGAGCUGGGUGCCAAAGAGAGGAGGAUCCGUUUGGAGUUCACAGCCAGAGACUUCCGCGCCGAAAAAAUAGAGGACGAACUGAACCUGAACAACAUCAACGGGUGUCCGGCAGGGUGCUGCUUGGAUGAGUCAGAAUUUCCCCUGGAUAAUUGCCAUUCUUCUGAGGCCUUGAUGCAACUUGAAGAGCCUUUGGAGAUGGCCACAGCGUUCCCUGAUUUGACCGUGGAUGAUCUAGAGACAGAUGCCCUUAAAACUGACCUGAACGUGCAUUUGGUACCCAUGGAGGAAUUCACGGCUUGUUUAAAAGACCUUCCCAGGUCGCCUGAUCAGAAUUCCCCAAGCCCACAGCUCAGUUCCCAGCCUGAAACCACAGACAGGAUUGAUUUCCUCAGUGCCCUAGAGAAGUUUGAGGAGCUGUCCCAAGAGAGCCGGUCUCACGCCUGUUCUCACUCCAAGAUGGACGAGCAGGGAAGCGGAAGGAACGGGGUCUCCAAGAUGUCUGUGCUGGAGGUGCUGCCAGCAGAGACUGCUGUCAAUACCCAGAGAAAUAACUCUGCGGGCAACUCCCCUGCAGCACCAGAAGAGUCUUCCACAGAUGAGGAACAACCAAAGGACAUCUCUGAACUGAGCACCAUGGGCCCUCUCACAAGAUCCCACUCGGAAAAUGCAAUCUCUGUGAAAGAAAUCAUAACUGAAAUUGAAUCCAUCAACCAGGGCGUAGGACCGUGCCAGCAGAAGAUGGAGGGCUCAGCCAACCAUGCCCAAGCACCGAAGAGGAAUACAGUCCAUGAGUUGUCUGUAGAGGUGGUCUGGGCAUCUGAAAAUAAACCUGGGAAGGCUGAGCAGAGCGAAGGAGCUUGCAUUGCACAGCAGGAAACGGCAAAAGACUUUCCAAAACCAGACCAGGAAGGUGCUCCCACCUUCCAACCAUCUACCUGCAUGUCAGAUGUGGAAGAAAGAGAUCCCGCAGAAGGCCAGCAGGAGCCUCGAGUGCAGGGUCUGAACCCUGGGUCGAAGUGGUGUCCGGGAUCUGUUAAACGUGCCACCUUGGAAUUUGAGGAACGCUUGAGACAGGAACAAGAGCACCAGCACGUUCCCCCCACGUGCCUGCUACCUACUCGCAAGAAUUCCAAGACUGAUUCUGCAGCUGCCGAGCUCGUGCCAAAGGGAAGGACUGAGGAGCCGUCGCGGGAGCUGGAUCCCGCCCGUAGAGAGAAUGAGAGCGACAAGGCUAGGGCAAAGAGCCCAGCAGCCGAGGGUGCAUUGCCUCAUGGCCCUGAACUGCCGGCUGACCCGCAGCUGUCCCCACCACUCGCCCCUUGCCUUGUGCAGCCGGCUCAGGAGUCGCCGCUGGCAGAGCCUGGUGCUGAGCAGGAAGUGCUCAGGACGGUGGUGUCGUUGGAUGGCUCUGGGGAGCCAGCCCUGCCCUGUCACCUCCCCAAGAGGAUAGAAAUUAUCGAGUACACCCCCAUGGGCACGCCCCCUGACCUCCAUGAGCGUGACAGCAGCUGUGAGCAGGCCACGCUGGAGAACACUGCCGUGUUGCUUCCAGUCGAUGAAAAUUUGAACCCUUCAGUGUGCGCAGAGACGGCACCUGUACAUCCAGACGCUCUGCCUUUGCAUAACCCUUUGGUACUAGAGCACAGGGAGAUCGGGCGGGCUACCUUCACCCUGGGCAGCCCCGAGGAAGAGUACGGUGCGGCACUGAUUAACCUCGAUACCUCUUCAUUCGUUGGCCAGGUGACGCGCUCGCCUUCAGAGGGCCUGGAUGACCUUUGGCACCAACGCGUCGUUCACCUGGAGGGCAUUACGGAGCACAGCACAAGCACGGACGAUGAGCCAGUGGCACCGAGCAGCCUCUCAAGGAACGGGCAUGUCCUGUGCGGGGCAAGUGACAGUGCCUUGAUGGAGCUGAGCAACGAGGACUUGCAUUUCAUCAGUGACAGCACUGAAGCCAUGGAUGUCUCUUUCCUCCCCUGCGGCCUCCCCCACAGCUCCAACAGCCCCAGCAUCAAAGACCUGAGUGAGACUCCCAGCUCAGUGAAGCAGCGUGCGAAGGAACUUGAGGCCCGGGUACGGCAAGCUGGGCUUACCACGCCGUCCCAGAUGAAACGCUCGGCAUCCUUAGCCAAGCUGGGCUGCCUGGAACUCUCUCAAGAUGACUUAACCAAGAGGGAGUCGGCCUCUUCCCAUGCCAGCCUGACCUGUCCUGACUUGCUGCCCGCCUCCCCGAGGACUGGUCAAGGCAAGCGUGGGGCAUUGGCCGAGCACGGCUUGGAAGGCCCACCUGAAAAGCCUUGUGCCUCCUCUCCCCUUAUUUGCCAGGAUCCAAAACCCACCAAGCAUUUUGUAGAGCAGCUUAAAACAACUGAGUGCAUUGCCCAGAGCCAGCCGGUGGAGAGGCCGCCCGUGCAGUAUGCCAAAGAGUUCUGCUCAGCUCCGCAGAGUGUGUGUCCCAGCGCAGAUCCUAGAUUGACUAGCUUGGAAGAGGGUCUUCCGCUGCUACAGACGCAGGUACUAGACUCUUGGCUCCCGGUUCCAAGCCUGGCUGGAGCACCUAGACAUCAACACGGUAGAACUCACCCUCUGAGGAGACUAAAAAAGGCUAACGACAAAAAGCGGACAAGCAAUCCGUUCUAUAAUACCAUGUGAUCCUGAGCCCUCAGCUGUGACUUCUUUUUAAACAAAACCCAUGUUGUUGUGUUCAUACAAGGGGCAGGUGUAAUAUGUAAGGAACAUGCACUUUAUUCGUUAAUUUUAUAUAUUUUGUCAUUUUACUGUUCCUGGCGCAUGUAGGUUUGGGUUGUAUUUUGUGUGGGACGCUGACUGCAAAACCAUUUGUUAUUUUUUUAAUUAUUUUUAACUCAAAUAACCUCAAAUAUUCUUUGUUUUCAAAGAACACCUUUCAUAAGUGACCAUUGCUGUUGGCAGUUGGCUCAUCUCUGUGUGGUGAAAUCGUGAGGGUUAGGUUAGAUUGGAACCAAGGCACAAAUAACUUGAAGACACACACACACAAAUUGGUGCUAGCUGGGGCACUUACCGGAGUGGCAGCUGGUGUAAAUAUGAAGGUUGUGCCAAGAUUUGUUCGUGGCUUUUUUUUGAUCCGCUUCGAGCUAACUGGAACUCCACAACAGUGACAAAUGGCUUCUGAAACUGCCUCAGUGCAAACCCGUCGGGUUGGCUUGUGCCUGUAGCCCAAAGGCAGCUGAUGGCUGGGCUGCACUUUUCAGUCUCUCGCUGUGGCUCCAACUUUGGAAUGCAAACUUGCCCAAAGUUGCAUGGUUUGUUUCCAGGGAGUGGCUCCAAUGUGACUUCCCUCCUCCCCCCCCCAAUGCAUAAAGUGUCAUGACCAGUGGGGUUAGAAACUUCAAACAGCAACCCCUCCCAGAACCAGCCUCUCCUCUGCUCCGAACCUGGGGCUGCCAAAUUCAUUUGAAUUUCAUAAUCUAAAAGAACCCAUUUUAACAGCAGCAAUUGGGGGGAAAACUGACGUGUGUUCUUUUAAAACAAACAAUUCUAUAGGGUUUUAACCCUUUCGUUACUUGAAUACUGCUGUGGGCCUUCUGAGUUAAUGGCCAUAUCAUCUGUUCACCUUUCUCUCCCCCACCCAGAGCUGUUUUUUCUAGUGCUGCCCGAGUGAUUCUCCCCACACUCACAUACACACUCAGCUGGCUCUCAGACCCGAAGGCUGAUGUAAUUGUUACAUGUUUCCCCUCGCUCUGCUCUCACCUUAACACUUAACCUGGAGCAAUGAUUUGUCUGGAAGUUCCCUUUCCCCCCUCAGUUGUGUACAUACAGUAUUUAUCUAGAUAACUUUUGUUAUUUCUUACAUUGUUUUCUUGAAAGGACAAGACUGCAUUCUGUAAACUGGAAAACAAACCCCCCCCGACUCCAACUGAGUGGUGUUCAUUGGCCUCUGCCCGAAUGCUUGAGUGGGUUUCCUUUUGUAAGCUGUCUUCCCUCCCAGCAAGUGAGAACCCGUUGCCCGCUUCUGCCAAAUGUCUCCAUCCUCCUUAAGUCUUGCGAGAGCCCCUGUUGCAGGACGUUCCCCUCUUCCACUGCAGAAUGGCGGGAUGGUAUUUCAGAGCCUCUCCGAGGUUCAGCCGGUUUUGCUCGAGAGUGAGCACAGGGCAGGGCUCAGCUGGCCCUUGGCGGCUGGUUUCCAGUGGUGCACUGCAGCACCUUUCACAAAUGUCCCCUCUAGCGAAUUCCAGCUCAUUUGAGCACCGACUCGCCGUCCUGCAGUGCUGGUGCUAGGGCCCCAGGGGACUUUUGGUGGGGCCUGGCAUUUUGUUAACCGCGCUGGCUACGCAUCCUGCCAGAACCAAAGUAACUAGCAAACCCCCUGGCGUUCUUAGCAGCUGCUCGUUGCAAUGGGGCUGAGCCCUGGCCAGGGCGGCGUUACAGGAUCGACGGUGCUGUGUGCACAUCGGUUUUGAGGGUGAGGUGAAACGGGCAAUGCCCGACUCAGACAGUGCUGCGCAGUCACUGAGAGCAGAGCCCAGUUGGGUCCUGCCAGGACUCGCGGCUGGAGCAACGUCCAGCGGGGCCGGUUCUGAGCGCCAGAGUUAAUCACGUAGCAGCAGUGACUGUCCUGAGGAUCCCAGAACUUGCGAGGGGCCGUGGCUGAAACACUGGCCCAGGCAGACCGUGGGCUGUGGAGCACUGGGAAGGGGCUGGGGCUGCUCUGUGAGGAGGACAAUGGAAGUGCCUUGUUUGCCAUCCAGCACUGGGCUUUGUGGAGUGCAAACGUACAGAGCUGCCUUAGCCAGCGCGGGCACGCGGCCUGCCAACAAACCCACAGUUGGCUUGCAGGAAGAGUCCCCGCGGGAGGACGGAAAGGGGGAUUGAAGAGACGUAGGGGCUCAGGAAUCUUGCCGCAGGACUCUGCUUCUUCACAGAGCUGGCACCUGCUCCUUCCCCGUGUUCUGUGGGAGUGCUGGGCACCCAUGGCUCGAGCGUCGCACGGCUAUUCUGGCUGGACCACAUGAAGCCGUCGGCCUGUUCGCAGCACCGGGAUGCUAGGCCAGAAUCCGCUCACCCAUUGCUCUAGCCCAGCCCGGCUCUGGCAUGCCUGAGUGAGCAGUGACUUCCCCACCCGCUGCUGGCUUAUGGCUGGAGGGUGAGAUCUGGGAGCCUGUCAUGGUUACAGCGUGGCUUGGCCAAGACGCCCCAGGUGAUCAGUCUGGGAACUGACGCAGGUGCUGUCCUGGCUGAGAGGAUGCAGCAGCAUGCCCAGUCCCCUCCGCCGCUGUGGGGGCUUGUGACAAAUGUUUAAAGAACCAUGAAGGGAUUUCUGUACAAAGCCGCCAUUCUGCUGAUCACUUGCAAAGCUCUUGGAGGAUACACUGUUUACAUUGUGCCCCUGACUCCUGGACAAUAUCUCUGCCCCUGAGCUCCGGCUGUACUGUCAAUUGCCUGCCGUGCGAGCCUUGCACGGAGGGUGCCAUGGGGUUCGGUCCUCCCGGAUCGUGUGUGCGCGUGCGUGAAACGUGAACUGGUCUGUUGCACUCAUUGAUGCGUACGUAGCUUUCUUUGAGCCGAUCAAGAAAAUGUGUAAAAAAUCCCCUUCUGCUCAGUCGUGGCCUAUUCCAAAUGCACAUCCGAAUGCCGAGGUCAGCCCUGGGUCUGGUUCCCUGCUUCAUUUCAGCAGGGUGGGAUUUAGCUCCGUGUUGCUCCUGGCACACCUCAGGCUUCCCUCCAGACGACAGCCGAGGUCAGGACGUGGGUUUUAAACCGGUACACGCUUGUCUAGAGCCUGAGCUCCCCCCCCCCCCCAUGCACAUGCCCAGGGGCAGUAACAACGCCCCCAGCCUGUCGUUUCAGCUUCCUUGCGGUGCACAGCCUGUCUGGGAGUGGGGUGCAUGUCACUUCCCCCUAUGGUGAGUGACCCAGCUCAACAGAGUGCCACAUCCCUCUCCCGAAGGAAGACCUGCAGGAGCCUGCCUGGUGCGGGAGACAGGAGGGGGGCCGAGGCUUAACCCCUCACAGCUGGCAGAGGUCCCCCCACACACACGCUGGGAGGCUGGUGCUGGGCCGGAGGCUAGAGCUCAGCCCACGCACACCUAGAUCCUUGCUUGGCUCUGACCCACGUGCCGGUGCCUUUUGGGGUUGGUUUUUUCCCUACAACUGUGACUUCCGUGCAUUGGUUUGUAGGAACUGUUCUUGCUCCAGAAUUCACAGCCAGGCAGGCUCCCUCGCAGGGGCCCUGCAGCACCUGUUCCAGAGACAGCUGGAAACGGAGUUCCGGACUGGGGGGGGGCACUUCAUCUUGUACCCUCCCCUGAUCUUCCACCGCCACUGGGAUGUUCCCACUGGUCCCAGACUCGUACCCACGUGCUUGGCUGUUUGGAAAUGUGAACUCGUGCACUGAUGUGCACAUCCAAUGUUCUUGUUACUGAAUAAAUUUUUAUUUUGAGAUGAA